CUCAUAACGCCUGUUGUAGAACCUACUGCAGGAGCACCAUUUGACUGAAGAGCAGCUCCUUGUGCAUUUCAGAUGACCACAGAGACAAAAGAUGACUUUUAUCAAUCAGAGGACGACUUGGAUGAAGAUGAGGCAACGCAAUAUAUGAUCGAACAAAGUCUGAUUCAGUACAGGAAACUCAAAGGACUGAAUCCGAGUGAUCUGAAACCCAGUGAAGAUCCUGAUGAGAUAUUCAAAGCAAUAAAAGAGGGUGAUGAGGACACACUGAACAGACUGGCAGAGCAGCCAGAGUCUCUGUCCAGGGUCGAUGAACGAGGCUGGAUCCCCCUGCAUGAGGCUGCAGUGCAGCACAACAAGAGGAUAAUUGAGAUCAUAUUCUCAGCGUCACCACCAGGUGCCGCCCAGUGUCGCACUCUCAAAGGUGAGACGCCCCUGUUUCUUGCUGUCGUCCAUGGCCUCAGAGAGAACGCUACAUUCCUACUACAGAACGGUAGUAGCCCAGAUCUCCAGAAUGAUGAGCAGGAUUCUCCAUUAGUGGCCGCUAUUCUGAAUGACCAGUAUGACCUGGCCACACUGCUGCUUCGCCACAGAGCCAAUGUAGACCAAACAGGACCACUGAACAGGACAGCUCUACAUGAAAGUGCCUUUUUAGGCUUGGAGAACUUUGUCUAUCUGCUCCUGGAGUCUGGAGCCAAACCAAACUCAUGUGACAUCAAGAUGAAAACUCCACUGGCUCUGGCUGCACAGAAUGGACAUUUGAAUGUGGUGGAGGUGCUGGUGCAGAAAGGAGCCAACGUGAGGUGUGAAUCAGAGUCCGGCACUAUUUUAUUUGAGGCGGCAGCAUCAGGAAACCCUGAUAUAAUCUCCAUACUGCUGGAACAUGGAGCCGAUCCCAAUGUACCGCUCUACAGUGGGCACCUGCCUAUUCACCGUGUGGCGUAUCAUGGACACAGACUGGCCCUCGAGCAGCUCAUCCCAGUGACUAAACUAGAAGCUAUAAAGGAGAGUGGGAUGAGUCCUCUCCAUUCUGCAGCCGCCGGUGGACAUGCCCAAUGUGUGCAGAUACUGCUCAAAGCUGGUUUUGACCCCAACUUCAUGCUGCACUCAAGGGUGCGCUGCAACUACGACGACGACCGCAGGUCUGCCCUCUUUUUUGCCGUGUCCAACAACGACCUCCAGUGCACCCGCCUGCUGCUAGAAGGUGGUGCCAUGGUGAACCAGGAUCCGAUCAGCUGUCUGCAGGUGGCUCUUAGACAGGGCAACUAUGAGCUGAUCAACGCCCUGCUCAAGUUCGGGGCAAAUGUGAAUUACUACUCGCGCGUCAACACCACUCACUUCCCCUCGGCCUUGCAGUACGCUUUGAAAGAUGAGGUCAUGCUGAGGAUGAUUCUCAACCAUGGAUAUGAUGUGAAGCGCUGCUUCGACUGUCCGUACGGUGACAAUUCCCAUGAUUAUGCUCCCUGGAUGACCACUGUCAUCAAAGACAUGGUGUUCUGUGAGGUGAUCACCGUGUCCUGGCUUAAGCACAUAUGUGCUCAGGUGGUGCGCAUCAUGCUGGACUACACUGACCAAGUUUCCUUCUGUACCAAACUGAAGGAAGCCUUGGAGGAGCAGAAACAGUGGUCAGAGAUCUGUCACCUUCAGAGAAAUGCACGGAGCCUGAAGCACCUGUGUCGCUUGAGGAUAAGGGAGCAUCUCCGUUGCAUGCGUCUGAGAUCCCCAGCUUUCAUCAACUUCCUUCCUCUUCCUCCCAGGCUGAAAGAUUACCUGCAUUACAAGGAGUUUGAUAUUUACAGCAGAGGCAGCAUGAUUACCUUUGUUUAAAAGACAGUCACUUGUUUGCCUUGUGAUUACAUGUUAAUGUACAUAUCUGUGUACGUUAUGCGUGCAAUAUCACCUGUGCAACAUUACAUGCAACUCUACAGUACAUUUUAAAGGACCAGUGUGUAGGAUUUAGUGGCAGUUGGAUAUUGACACCAACUACCUCAUACCUUAAUGUGACCUUCAUACAAAAAGCCCUCACUAUAUCCAGUGUUUGAGUUCUUCAUUUCAGGUGACAGUUAUUAAUGAAUGAAAACCCACUUAUGAUCCCCCUUAAUCCCACACACUGGACCUUUAAACACGUACUGUGUUAUAACACUAUUAUGAUUAUCAUUGUUAUUCUUGGAGACAAUUCUUUUUUCACUGACCUUUUCUACUCUUUUCUCCCUAUCAUAAGAGUCAGUGAUACAUCAAAAUGAAUUAAAUCUGUUACUUUAUGGUCAAACUGUUGAUUUAUACACGAUUACAUGAAAAGAGCGGACAGUUACAGUGUAAUUAAAAAAUAAUUAAUUCUCAGGUGUCCUAAAAUGGUAGUGGAUGCCUUGUUGUCUUCACCUGGUGGUCGAAUGAAAUAUUACAACUGUGGUAAUUCCCAGGCUUGUGCCAUCUCAGUGUGUGGGCUAAAAGUUUUUUGGGUUUUUACAUGAUAAAGGUGAUAAAUGGUGAUAUAUAUAUAUAAAAAACACAUAUUGACCUAUAAAACAAUGACAACACAAUAACCAGAGUUCAAUAAGCAUUUAAAAUCAUAAAGGCCCAUCACCAAUUCUCUAUGUGAUAA